AGUUAAUCCUUUGGAAGAAAAUGUGGAGAAAGAUUUCCCUUUUUCACAGGGCCUUGAUUAUCGCGCCGACCCCCUGGUCCCUUUGUCUCCGCAAACUGUGCCACAGAAAAAUCCCCAAACCAUCUCGAGUUCGUCGUCAAGAAAACCCCACAUCUGCAUCCACCGCCGCCACACCCACCGCCGAACCCUCAACAGACGAAGCCAUGGCAAACUUCCCUGUUAACCCCCAAGCCUUCCUGGUUGCCGGUUCGUGUUAUUGCUCCCAUCUUUCCCCUCUCGGUUUGGGUCUGAUUAGACUGAGAACUGUGGCUCAAAGAGAUCAACUGGUCAGAGAUUCCCCGUUGCAUCUAGGUCAAAAUCAUGUGGUUACAGUGGUUAAGCAUGACGAGGGUUUCAAUGCUAGAUCCUGCAAUUACGCUAGAGUUUGCUGGUUGAUGUUCUUGGCUUUCCCCUUAGAUUUUCAGAAAGAUCUCUUCAUAAGGGCUGCAGUGGCUCCCUAUGGUCGACUGUUGGAAUGGUACAGAGAUGAAAAUAAAUCAAGAAUUUUAGUGCAAGUUCUGCUACUGAGUCCAAAUAGAGUGCCGAGGAGCUUGAUUGUUUCAAGGGGAACCAUGUUAGGUGGUGUAGGGCGUUCUUGGGCAGUACCUGUAUACAUUCUGAAUGGAAAUUUCCCAGAUGCCUUUCCUGCUGAGGAGGAUCCUGUUCCUUUCGACGGUGAGGCCCAUCCAGAGCACCCUCCAGUUGUUCUUGGCCCCAAUGUGCAAGAACCCAACUGGAAAAAUGAACAUAAUGGUGCAGCCCCAGACAUCGAUGUCUUUGGUGGUAAUCCACACCCCCAACCACUUCCAAUUCAGGAAAAUGAGGCAAAUGUCAAUGCUCAAGGUGCCAAUUUCCCCAACCAGCCUGCUGCUGUCAAUGAACAGGAACCCGAUGAUAUCCAUGAUGACCAAGACGCAACUUGUCGUCAUCUCUCAUUCUCUCUUCAUUUUACUACUGCGUCUGUGUUUCCCUGAAUUUCCGUGUGUAGGAACCACCGGAGCCGAACUUCUUGCCGAUGCAGCAGCUGGUCACUUGGUUUGGUCCGCCAUCACCACGGUAAUUGAAACUGAAAACCGCUGCUGCUAUAGUGAUCGGCCUGUUCUUAGCAUACUAAUUUCCUCUCUUCGAGCAGAGCUUUGCAGUGAACCAGAGGAUCUCCAUGAGUUUCCGAAUAAAUCUUUCCCAAUAAUUAAGUAAUUGUUGUGUUCCAAUAUUUUUUC